AUGUACAGGUCUGUUGACCCCAGAUUAGAAACAAUGGACUUCUCUAAUCUCCUAAAAAAAGAAAUUGAUCUCAAAAGGAAAGGCACGAAAGGGGGGUUGGCCCUGAAAAGGAAACGUCUUGCAGAAAAACAGGCCGCAGCAGCUACUGCUAGUAGCCCAAAAGCUUCGAACAUUGUAGAAUCCGAAAAGUCAGAAGUACAGGCGAGUGGGUCGUCAGAUCAGAACCAAAUAGUGCAUCUGAGCUCUUUAGAAACAGAGCUCCCUAAGUCUUCCGAAAGCGGAAGCCUAAGCGGUACAGACAUCGCAAGAAACGAUGCUACAACGCAAAUGUUAGAUGAAGAUAAGGCAUUGGAUCUGCAAGAGAAAGAGACAUCCAAUGUACAAGUCGAAAAGACAAAACUGGAGUUAAAAAGAAUCUCCUACGAUGCUUAUCUAGCAAAAGAAAAUGCUGUGGAUAUCAUCAUUGAGUCGCAAGAUAUCUUGGAUGAAAACGUAAACAAACUUAGUCUACAAAUCCGAAAAUUCAUAAAAGAGAUGCUCCGAACCUGGUCGGAUAACGACAAUCUCCAGUAUCCCAAAGCCUUGCUUCUCGAAACAAAACGAGAUCUAGUGAAGCUCAUGUAUAAGCUUCGCAGUAACAAACUAGAUCUGGAUGUUGUUAUCUCCCUCGCUACCAUAGUGCACUACAUUCAGACCGAGCAGGUCAUCCGUGCCAACGAAGCGUAUCUCAAACUAAGCAUUGGAAAUGUAGCAUGGCCCAUUGGUGUUCGAGACGUGGGUAUCCAUGCUAGAGCGGCAGAUGCUAAAAUCGCAGGCGAUGAUAAGCAGAAGCUCGCUAACAUUAUGAAGAGUGAUAGUACACGGCGCUGGUUGGUGGCUGUGAAACGACUUAUCAAUUUUAGUGAGAGAUUACUUCAGUAG